AUGGCGGCGCCCUCGGCCCGGGAUUUCCUGGUCCGCGCGGAGCGUGUCCUGGGCCCAGAGCGCCCUGGGAUCCUGCAAAGCCUGAGGGCCAACGGCAACUUGCUGGCCAGGGUUUCCGACGAUCUGAGAGCUGAUCGCGAGAUUGUCACGGCUGCGGUUGAGCAGUGUGGCACAGCGGUGGCCUAUGCAGAUAUCGCCCUGCGUAAGGAUCGAGAGCUGGCCCUGACGGCCGUGCGGCAGACGGGCUAUGCCCUGGAAGUCUUGCACCCUUUGCUCCGGGAAGACGAGGAGCUGGUGCUCGCCGCGGUGGCCGAAAACGGAAAUGCGAUGCAGUUCGCCGCGCAUGAGCUGUGUGAGGACAAGCCUCAACCCUAA